AACAACUGUCAUCUGUCCGGUGCGACAUGUCUGUAUUUUUCUGCGACAUAUUUUCGAAUAUUUUUUCGAAUUUUCUACGCAAAAGGGUGAACUAAUUUCGAUGUGAAAAUGGCUAUUUGUUUGCGAACACUAUCUCAUAAAAUCUUGCCUAUAAAUGGGAUAGUUUCUACUAAGAAUCACUCUAAUCGUCUAACCCGAAAAAUACCACUUCGAACACAAUUUCUCGAAGAAUGUCUUACCCGGCGUCGUAUUUCUAGCUACCAACUGGCGCCGAAAUGCACUACCGAACACAACAUUGACGAUUUAUACAUCAACGAGCUACUGUCUUCGACGGCGAAGUCGAGAAGUAGCAUUGCCGAAGAUGUAGAUGCUUUCAGGGCAGAAGCCAGAUGUUUGGACAGCUACAACUAUCACGAUAGUAUCCAGAUGAAACCUUUGGGUUUGACCUCUGAUGACUACGUGGAGCAAAGAAUGACCCCCGCCGUUAUGAACAGAUAUCCAUACACUUGUAUCAGUAGUGUUGACUUCACAAAAUAUAGUAAUGAGAGUGAGAAUCUGGAGCCGACAUGUCUGUCAGAAUUCGAGAGGGAUGCGAUAGCAUACUGCACAGGUCCGGUGGUGCCAUCCCCAUCCCAGCCAUCUGAGCUCAACUCCGAGGGAAGGCCCAGUGAGGAGCAGCUAAUGAAAGUAUUCCAUGUUCUCUCAAAGACGAUGCCAGAACUGUUCAUUAAGCCUCUAGACUACUCCAUCUACCACCCAAAUCUUGUGUUUGUGAACAACAUUAGAGGAAUCACCACUAUAGGUUUGUUCCACUAUGUCAAGCAGAUUGCCCUGUUACGUACUGUGGGGCACCUCAAAUUUGCUUAUGUAAAGUUAGAAGUCAUGAAGAUAACAGCACAUCCAGAGGAUUCAUCAAUCAGAUUAAGGUGGCGCAUUCGAGGCAUAUCUGGAUUUAAAGUUUUCUUCAUGUUUUGGAAGUACAAACUGUGGAAUCUGAAGGAAGCGUUCAAAGAUCAGGAACUGUGGUAUGAUGGCUUCUCUACAUUCUAUGUAGGCGCCGAUGGUUUGAUACAGAAACACAUCGCUGACAAGGUUAUGCCAGACCAGGACACCAUAAUCGACGACGAGGAGAAGGCGCCUAUUGCGGCGAAGAUAGCUCUGCUCAUCGGGCUGCUGCCUCGGAACUACUUGUCCGACGUGGCGCCCUAUUUCAGCACGUCAUCUGGCACCGCCGACGCCACCCCGCUGCCCUUCAAGGCUCUAGAGUAGCAGAACAACCGAUGCGCGGGUUACAGCUGGGUUACAUGAUUGAACAAAUGCUAUCGUUAUUUGAUUACAAUAAAAUCACGCGCUUUUUUAAAUAACAUUAUCGUAAGACUAAUAAAACACCAAAAAGAAAUUCCACCAGAUAUUUGGUCAACAAUAUUAGUUCUAGUAAAUUGGGUAAUGUGAUUUGUAACGAUUUAAUAGAUAUCAAGAGCUAACGCCGGUUUCAAAGCCCGCGCUAAGGUUGCUGUAGCCAUGUGAACUAAGAGUUGAUGAGGGCUUGUAUUACAGACUAAAAUGGAUUUAAAGUGUGUCUUGCACCUUAA